GGAAGACUUUUACCUGCCACUUCCUGGACCGAACAACCAGUUUCACUUUGAAUUGGAAUCACCCGGGAUGAUUUGAACCCUCCCAAACCUGUGAAGCACCACCUGCGCCCCAGUGAAAGGCGGGUCAGAAGCCGAAGAUGGACCGGUACAAGUACUUCAUUUUCCGCCAGAAAAGAGCUCUGAUCCUCGGGAUCCUCCAGAUCGCGUGCGCAGGUAUCUGUGUUAUCUGCGGGUUCAUGGACGCCGCCUUCCGCAAGAACACGCCGCUGAGCGUCAGCAGGACGCCGCUGUGGGGCGGACUGGUCCUGGCCUCUCCUGGUGUUUUGGCUCUUUUUGCAUCUCAAAGGAAAAACUCCAUUCUGGUGUUCGCCAUGGUGGCGGCAGCUGGGGUCGCUUGUGUGGCCGCGGUCUUCGUGUCGGCUUACGCCGGUCUGACCCUCACUUACGGCGAGGAGGACGAAGACGUCUUUCACCAUCAUGACAAUCCUAAAGUGACUUUCGUGCUUCACGGACUGGUGAAAGGAGCCAACGCCACCAUCCUGCUGAGCUGCAUGGUCAGCCUGCUCCUCUGCUCCCUCAUGGCCUACGUGGGCUCCUCCAGCCUGCCCUGCUGCGGCUGCUACGAUUCCAGAACCGGACUGGAGACACUUGUUCCUCAGUUUGAUCCUGGAGACACGGAGCUGGUUUGCACUCGACAAGCGGGUGGCGACGACAAGCUCUUUAACUCUCCGGCUCAGGCAAGCCCUGCUGAGGAAGAUGAGGGGGAGUGGAGGAGUUCAUCCAGACUGCCUGCUUACAGCCGACUGACUUGACUGGCAGUCUCCUCUCCCACCAUAGCAACUUGUUUCUUUAAUUUAAGUCCUUUCAUUUCACUCACAUUGCACCAUGUUAUCUGGGUCCAGUGAACUUUUAAAAAUAAA